AUGCGGUGUAAAGUCCUCGUCUAUGUCGUCCUUCUGACUCUCAUAAAGCAUGCGUCUCCAAGGGAAAUUCAGGCCAGCCCAAAUACGAAUGCAACCCUCCCCUGCAAUGUGACGCUCCCUCUGUCUGUAAACGGGUCUCUCCUUAAAGUCCGCUGGAUAAGUAAUGGCUCCGACAUCGCCUCCUUCGGAGAAGCAGAGACGCAAAUAAAGGAAGGCUUCAGUUGGGCCGGCAGCGAUUUGGUCAACGGAGUCUUUUCACUGACUGUCCUCAGAGCCACUCUGGACCUGCAGGGGGUCUAUGAAUGCACCGUCGGCUACAACUCCACACGGCUGCACUCCAGCAACAUUACAUUUAGUGUCCUCGCUUCCCCCACUUUGUCAAUCCCCCAGCAGUGGGUGGUGUUGGAAACAGAGAGCCAGCUUAGAUGCCAUGCAGAUGGUUUCUACCCUCCUCCUGUCGUUUUCUCCUGGACCCGAGAUGGGCAGGUAAUUCAACCUCCCUACGAUGUAGAAGGUGAGCAGACCUCUGAUGGGUACUACAUGGCUGUGGGCAACCUGACCUUCUACCCUUCCCGCGAGGACCAGAAUGUGACCUUCGGGUGCAAAGUGUCCCACAAAGGCAGCAAUCAAAACCUGCUUUUCCAACUCAACAUCACAUUCACUCCUUCUAUCAGACUUUCUGCGAUGCCUUCGCCCUCGGAGAACGCCCCUCUCACUCUUUACUGUGACGUGGAGAGUUUCUACCCGGAAGAAGUAUCUGUGUCCUGGCUUCAAAACAGCACAGUCCUCCCUGAGCCCCCCGCCACUGAGCAGAACCCAGAUGGGACCUACAGGACCAGACACUAUUAUACGCUGAGCCCUGAGCAGAGGGAGCAAGGUGGGAAGGUGGAGUGUGCAGUAAACCAACCUGGGGUCGUGCACCCAGUCAGUGGCUCAGGGUACCUCGAGAAACUGGAUCCCCAAGAUGAGACUCCAGUGUUGACGAAAUCAGCCAAAGCAUCUGUUGCUAUGAUGUGUAUUUCUAUUGUGCUGGUCUUCCUGCUCUGCUUUGGCUUUUCUUGGAGAAGAAGGGACGAGAAACUGAAGUCUUUGAAUGUGUCCGGAAUCAUCCUCCCGCCACACGUGGUUGUAGGUCAAAAGGGCAGAGUGACAGUGAGCAUCGAGUUCCUCAACGACACCCCGAUCUCUGACACUUCACUCACAGCGUCAGAGAAAGGCCCUCUGCUGCCCACUAGAGGCGAGAUGGGUUACUACAAGCUGCACACGCAGGGCCCGCUGCACUCCUCCGGAAGUGGCGUUCAACAGCUGAUCACCUCGCUCACCUUCAUCCCCCGGAUUUCCAAUCACAAGGCGGCUGUGUUUAAGUGCCAGGUGUCCUACAUGGGCAAAGAUAAGUUCGUGGUGGAGAGGGUGUCCGAGAAGUUCACAAUCCUGUCUGCUCCAGAAGUAUCAGAAAUCCAGCUGGCAGAGAUUCCAAGUGACCGUGAUGUCAUCAGCAUGACUGUCCGAGCGUCACAUUUCCAUCCGGAUGUCAUUACCUUCCGCUGGUUCUGCCAAGGGAGUGAGCUGAGCCCCGUGGCCUCCCAGGCCUCCUCCUCCCCUCGGCCCGAUUCCGAAGGCUUCUUUUCAGCCUUCAGCCAGUGUAAACUGCCCCGAAGCGUCCUGGAAAAGGGAGGCACUAAAGUGUGGGUCAGUGUCCACCACAUCGCCCUGAAGCAGCCGGUCACCCGCGAGACCAGAGGGUUCAUCAGAAGGCCGUGCGUGUCCGAAAUCGUCGGCUUCAGUUCUGCACCGGGGCAGACUCUGUCCCUUGGAUGUGAGAUGACAGAUUUCUACCCUCCGAACAUCACGGUCACCUGGCUGAAGCUCCGAGAGGGGGAGCGAGACGACAGAGAGGAGGAGGUGAUGGCGGGAGGAGAGAUGUGGGGCCCGGUCCAGACUCAUCCCAGACUCUACAGGGCAACCGCCACGCUGAAGAGAAAGGCAACCAGUCAGGACAAGAAGGAGCGAGGAGGAGGGGUUAUGUGUCGAGUGGAGCACUGUUCCCUCCAGGAGCCCAUCGAGAAACAGUGGAGAAGUGUUGACAUUGUCGCUCCCUCCAUUCCUCCAUCGAUCUCGGUCUGUUGGAGCAGCGAAGGGGUCGGCGUGUUCUCCCUCCUUUUGAAGGGAGGUCACCCGAAGGUCAAAUUACUCUGGGCGGCGGGAGGACCCACUCUUUCGUCGUUGGUUUCCAACGAGACCGAGGAGAUAGGAGAUGACGGACAGAGGGAGCUGAGAAGUGUGUGCGCCCUGGAGAGGUCCACAAGCGUGCCGAGUCCGACCAACAAACCGCUGCAGAGACGGAAGAAUGGACAUGCAAUAAAAACUAAAGCCGCCGUCACGGACCCCGACGCCGAAGGAAUAGAAUACAUCGAUGACAAAGUGGACGGAGAGAAUAACGACAUCGAGAGAGACGAGGAGACAAAGUCAGAAGAGGAUGAGGACAGCGACCAAGAAAGAGAGGAAGACCCCGGAGCUCUGCACAUCAACAGAGUCAACUUGAGGAAGGGUCCCAGAGAAGAGGAGCGAGCGCGGCUGAGAGUCUGCGUGGAGAUCACGCACGCCGCACUCAAGCUUCCUGUUUACCGAACCUGGACCGAGCCCAAUGAGGAAAUGUCAUCUUCCACAUGAACACCUCGAUGUGUGCAGGAGUCGCUCUUUUUUAUAUAUGCCGUGUAAUAUAUC